AUGCGGACCGCUUUGACGCUGGUCGUCGCCACGCUGGCCGCCGCCGCCGCCUCGGCCGCUGAUGCCAAGGCGGUUCGGAUGAAGACCGCCCGGCAGCUGAAGGAGAUCCUGGCCGACCUCGACAUUGACGUGCCUGCGGGCGCGGACAAGGAGGCUCUCCGCGCGCUGGCGACGGAGCACGACGCCAUCACCAAGUACGAGGCCAAGCAUCCCGAGAAGAAGAAGAAGAAGCCCGCACCGGGCGCCGGCGGCAUGCCAUCUGGCGACGCGAUGGGGGAGAUGCUCUUCCCCAUGCUCGACAAGGACAAGGAUGGGAAGCUGUCAAAGGAGGAGCUCAUGGCGAUGGCACAGCAGGCGGGCGGCGGCGGGGCCAAGGGCAAGGAGGAGACGGACAACGCGUUUGCUUCCAUGGACGUCGACGGCGACGGCUUUGCCCGGAAGGAGAAGGCAGGCGAUGACGCGCAUCAUGGAACCCUGUUUGGGCUGAAAAUGGGCGCGUUCCGGCUGAAAAUGGGCGCGUUCCGGCGGGCACCAAGGGAGGCCUCGCUCCUAUUGGAACUGGCCAACAUCAGAUUUGCCUCGUGCGUCCCUUUUUGA